CAGCGAGAGCGAUGCUGCUGUGAAGGUGCCUUAUCCUCAGGCUCCCCAGAGAGCCACAGCCGUACAAAGCAGCCAAUCUUAUCACGCUUUGUUGUCAGAAGAAGUUAAGGAGGUGGAUAAGAGCCAAGGUCCAAAGUGCAGAAACGAGGAAGCGUUUUUCUUGGCUCAAAGAAACUGGAUGGCUUCUACGGUGAGCCUGGGUAAAGAAACAUUGCUGGAAGAUGGAAUGCCACCUGCAAAAAAGCCCAGGAAGCUGUUGCCAAGCCUGAAAACCAAGAAGCCUCGGGAACUUGUUCUGGUGAUUGGAACAGGAAUCAGUGCCGCAGUUGCUCCCCAGGUCCCAGCUCUGAAGUCCUGGAAGGGUUUGAUCCAGGCCCUCCUGGAUGCUGCUAUUGACUUUGAUCUUCUGGAAGAUGAAGAAAGCAAAAGGUUUCAGAAGUGUCUCCACGAGUACAAGAACUUGGUUCACGUUGCCCACGACCUCAUCCAGAAGCUGUCUCCGCGCACAAGCAAUGUUCGCUCAACGUUUUUCAAAGACUGUUUAUACGAGGUGUUUGAUGACUUGGAAUCUAAAAUGGAAGAUUCUGGGAAACAGCUGCUUCAGUCAGUGCUUCACCUGAUGGAAAACGGGGCACUCGUGUUAACCACAAACUUCGAUAACCUGCUGGAACUGUAUGCGGCACACCAGGGGAAGCAUCUGGAGUCUCUUGACCUGACAGAUGAGAAGAAGGUGCUGGAAUGGGCGCAGGAGAAGAGGAAGCUGAGUGUCCUGCACAUCCACGGCGUGUACACCAACCCCAGUGGCAUCGUGCUGCACCCAGCUGGCUACCAGAAUGUGCUGCGCAACACCGAGGUCAUGCGAGAGAUCCAGAAGCUGUAUGAAAAUAAGUCGUUCCUGUUCCUGGGCUGUGGUUGGACUGUUGACGACACCACGUUUCAGGCCCUGUUUCUAGAAGCUGAGAAGCACAAGUCAGACCUGGAGCACUUCAUGCUUGUGCGGAGGGGAGACGUGGACGAGUUUAAGAAGCUCCGUGAGAACAUGCUGGACAAGGGGAUUAAAGUGAUUUCCUAUGGAGAUGAAUACACAGACCUGCCCGAGUACUUCGGGAGGCUGGCGAGUGAGAUUGCCACGCGGGGCCGAGCAGGUGUGCCUAAGGAGGGACAGCAGCUGAACGGCUCCGCUGCAGCCCACGCUGAGAUAACAGGACGCAGCACAUGAUCCUCAGCCCAGCAGUGGUGCCGUGGGUGCCCCCCACACCACAAGCAGCCUCCAGCCUGCAGCGCCAUGCGAGGGGAGGAGCAGCGCCCUGCUCAGAGCUGCUGCCUGCCACCGGGCUGAGCCACGCAGGUGCAAGGCAGAGGGCCGGGCCCAUCCAGAUGCCUGACAGCGUAGUCUGCCUUUUUUACAAGGCUGUGUUUGCUGGGGAUGGUGAUCUCCCCACCUCAGCUGUAAUUUCGUACUUCAUGCUUUUGUAUUCUGUACUUUCAUUUCAGAAUGAAACUUGAGCAGUUUUGUUUUUUUUUUACUUGAAGCUCUAGUUUUAUAGCCCUUCCUUUAUACUGUACAGUAUUUUGUAUGUUGAAGCUCCUAUUAAAGCUCUGUUCAGUUCCAUUAC